AGCCGGGUGGAUCCGGAGACCCCUCUGUCUGCGAGGAGGCACUUUGGUCCCCAGGGCGCUCUCUUGGAGGUUCACCCCAGGGGUCACGAGGCCGUCCGUCUCCAAAGCUUGUUUGUGCAGGGACCCGGCCCGCCCACACGGCCCGGGCAAAAAGCCGCGGUCGGGAGCACGCCCGGCUGCGGUCGGCCGGCGGUCAGCCUAAGGUCAGGCCGCGGAGACCCCGCCGGGCAGGCGGGCGCAGGGGGCGCAGGGCCGAGCCCGCCGCCCUCCCCAGCGAGGACGGCCUCCUGGCGCCCCCAAACCCUCCCGCACCCCGGUCCGAGCUGGCUCGGGGAGGGGCCCGCGAGCCCCGCGACGGAGAGGCGCCCGCCCCCCCCCCCCCCGGCUCUGGUGGCCACAUCUGCAGACUCGUCUGUCUGUCCAGAACCUGCUCCCACCUCAGGUCCAGGCUGACGGUGAGCUGCACAAUGGGCUCGGAGUUGGAGACCGCGAUGGAGACGCUCAUCAAUGUGUUCCAUGCCCACUCGGGCAAGGAGGGAGACAAGUACAAGUUGAGCAAGAAGGAGCUAAAAGAACUGCUGCAGACUGAGCUCUCUGGCUUCCUGGACGCCCAGAAGGAUGCAGACGCUGUGGACAAGGUGAUGAAAGAGCUCGACGAGAAUGGAGAUGGGGAGGUGGACUUCCAGGAGUACGUGGUGCUGGUGGCUGCCCUCACAGUGGCCUGUAACAACUUCUUCUGGGAGAACAGCUGAGCAGACAGCCCCAGUGGGCAGCGCCCUUCCCCUGCCGCACCUGCCCCUUCCCCCUGCUCCCCCUGACCCCAAUGCGCCCUCCCUGUUCUCCUGCCCUCGACCAUCCUCCACCAAGGGCGCGACAGGAGCGGGCCAGGCCUGCACCUCCUCUUUCAUUAAAGGCUCUUCUCUCGCCA